AUGGAUAAAACGCUUGUGGCAGUAGAAAUCCAGGAGUUCGAGGAUCGGCAGAAGAUCUUCGAAGCCCGUGCUGAGGAGGUGCGAGUGCUCAACAGCCGCCCGCGCCGCUGGAUUGCUGGCCUUGGGCCGCUUGACUUUUCCGAGGAGGAGCUCCAGGCCCUCCGUGGCUGGCGCGGGGUUGCUUCCCCAGCAGCAGACGACGGCAGCUCAUUAGUGCAGGUGCGGGUGCGCUCCCUACCAGAGCAGUUCAACUGGACUUCCUUGGCUUCCCUCAGCGACGUCGUAAACCAGGGCGGCUGCGGCUCCUGCUGGGCGGUGACCAGCGCUGUCGUUCUGAGCGCGCACGCAGAGAUCAACGGGCAGCGACGGAGCUUCUCGGCUCAGGAGCUUGUGGACUGUGUGCCGAAUCCGAAGCACUGUGGUGGCAAGGGCGGCUGUUCCGGGGCAACGGUGGAGUUGGCCAUGAGUUAUGUGACCUGA